UUUUCUCUGUGUGUGUGUGUGUGUGUGUCCGUGAGUGUGUUCAGUUGGACCUUGUCCGAGAGCCGCGCUGCUCUCCGUCCGUUUGCCCGUCCGUGCACCCCGCCACGGUCCGGCUCCGGCUUCGCCAUGACCACCACCACCACCUUCAAGGGCGUCGACCCCAAUGGCAGGAAUAGCUCCCGGGUGUUACGUCCUCCAGGUGGCGGGUCUAAUUUUACUUUGGGCUUUGAUGAGCCUACAGAACAACCAGUGAGAAAGAACAAAAUGGCAUCUAAUAUUUUUGGAACAUCUGAAGAAAAUCAACCGUCUUGGGCCAAGUCAGCAGGGGCUCAGUCAAGUAGGGAUAAUUCUGAACCGUCUGGACUCCAAAGAAGAAACUCUUCUGAAGCUGGUUCUGGGGAUAUUUUAGGUCCAAAGGGAGAAGGUGAUGUUCAUGAAAAUGCGGAAGCAGACUUCCACGCUGACCUGGGGCAGAAUGAAGAGAAAUCUGUGCCCGCCGCACCUGUUCCCAGCCCAGUUGCAUCAGCACCAGCACCAUCCAGAAGAAAUCCACCUGGUGGCAAGUCCAGCUUAGUCCUUGGUUAGAUAUGACUUUUUUUUCCUCCCCUCCAUGCUUGUGAACUGCACAACUUGAGCCUGACUGUACAUCUCUUUAAAUUUUCUUUCAUUAAAAAAGCACUUUAUGUACUACUGCCUUUUUUUUUUUUUUUUUUUGAAAGAACAAGUAAUCCCCCAUUUGUCCAGGUCUGCGGGCCAUGGCAUGAGUGUUCUCUAUAGUAGAUUGCUGAGGGAACACUUUAUGAAGCUUAGUGAUGUGUUUUCAAGAACUAAAAACUCAGUUCUAAAUGUGUUAGAGUUUUUUGUACCUAGGUGGUUUUUUAAACUCCGUUUUUGAUCAAUUGAGGCUCAGUAAACCCAUGUAAACAGUCUGAAGGUACAGUUCUUCUCAGGCCCCCGAAACACAAAGUUGACUUGAUCCUAGGCUGUCUCUUUGGUUUCAAUCUAAUUUAUCCUGUAAAUGUCCUUUGCUACAAGCAUUCACACUUUACUGUGCCAUACAAACCUAUAAAGAACCCUGGGCCUCAUAUGCCUUGCUGACUGGAAAACAGAAACUGUCUUUAGAUUUUGAACAUAGGAAUUACACUAGGUGUAAAAUUGAUGUCUGACAAGCUGAGCCUAAGACAGGGGAAGGAGUUGAGUGUCCAAUUGAAUUUAACUGGAUUCAGAAACAGUAGAGAAAGGGGAGUGAAUCAUACAGAAAGGAGUAUUCAUCAAGGAAUACCUGCAGGGGUAUUUUCCUACAAAAUGACUCAGUGCUGUGUGCAUGAUCAUGCUGGUGCUUGACCAUGAAGUGAAAGUCUCAUCUUUAAAAUGUGUUGUAAUUUCAUUAAUCUGGGCUGUUUAAAGUAAACAACAGAGAAGUUUUGAA